UGGUACCCUCUCACUGGCGGCAUCGGAUUCGGACGUAUUCGCAUCUCCAUUCUUUUCCGGCACGUUGAGACCAGACUGCCCCCGCAAAUGCUCGGCUGGGAUGUCGGUACCUUCCAUUUCGUUUCCGACAAGAUCACCGUGCAGGGCUUCAACCAUCGCUGCAAGAUUCGGCUUCGCACCGGCGGCAGCAGCGGCAAGAUCACUCGUCAUGUGUGCCAUGUCCAAGGAUCUAACAUGACCUACGACCUCUCCAGCGAGGACUUCCGACGCGCCAUUCGCCUCCCUGUCAAGCACCGCUACCGAUCACCUGUCGUCUUCGAGUUCCAACAACAAGGCCACCAUCACACAACCGCUUAUGCCGUCUAUUGGCUCCAGCACAUGGCCGACAACGAAGAAACCCCCAUUGACAUUCCCAUCUGGGUAACCAAGAACGGCAAACGACUCACCCAAAACUACAUCACCGAGCAGAACUGUCACAUCAAACGCAGCCCGGGCCUCGAGGACCUACACGAGGUUGGCCGCCUGCAAUUCCACGGCUUUUUCAGCCCCGGCAUCGACGACUCCCACGAACAAUACGUCAUCGAUAACGAAUCCCGCGAGACGUUCGAAACCUGGGAAGCCUGCAUUGCUCAGGGUGUCCGCGAACGCCGCAUCUCUUCCGACAUUCCCGAGGAUCUCGAGAAAUUGCACGAACAAUCCCUCCUCGACGGCCGCGACAUCCUCAAGCACGCCGAGCCCCGCGAACGCCGCCGCUGGAUUGACAAGCAAGGCCAAGAUUGGAGCGGCGCUUUCGGCCACGACCCCGGCGCCUACCUUAACAACCACGGUCACCAAGUUGCCGAACCGGGACGCGAGACACCUCCUCACGAUCCGGUGAACCCGCCGCCCACUGUUGCCCAGUCCUACGGCACCAUGCACGCUGAAGAAGCGCAGCACCAAAACUCCCAAGAACAAGAGCAAGAAGAGAAAGAGGCAUCCUCCUCAUCCAGCGAAACCGAGGACGACAACGACGAUGAUCACUACCCCCAUCAACAGCAACGCGUCUCACAAAGUACAGCGUCCACUGGCGGCGGGAGCAGCAGUGUCGGGCCCCCCAGCCUCAACAGCAUAGAUGACGGAGCCCUGAAGAAGGCGAAUAAACGCAGCGAGGAGCGUCAACAUCGCGGUAAGAUGCAAUGGAGACCUGUUCGGAAUGCAGUGUUUGCGCGUGAUGAGGCUAAGUAUUCGCUAAGGAAGGUGAAGAGGAAGUUUACGGGUGAUUUGGCGGGUCGGGAGCCGGAUAUUGAGACGGAGACGGGGACUUAG